AUGUCUAGCCUUGAAGAAUGCAAUCAUGAUGUCGUAGAGGAGAGACUGCCUGCACCACCAACCAUUCCAGCCCCAUCUUUCAGACCUUCUGGACACACUAACGCAGGCGCACAAUACGGCAACGACAUGAUGUCCGUCGGUUCUCACACUACCCAAGAUAAUGCAGAUGCAAUGGAGAUUUCAUACGACUUUCCAUGGCCUCGCGUCACCUCUCUCGAGGUCGACGAAGACGCAAUGUCAUAUACCCUGGAUGUCGGCGUCGAUGCUAUGUCUAUGAUGGAGAUUGAUGACAAUACAAUGCCUGUUGUCAUUUCAGGCGAAGUUACGUUACCACAUCCAGUUGGUCAAGAUAUCGAGAACGUCGACACAGUUGUGGAGGCCUCAGGCAAUUCUGAUACCGGACCCACCUUGAUGCUUAAUUCGGCUCUAGCCCCUUUGAAUUCUUCAGCAUCGAGCGCUGACGACGAGGAACAGCAGAUUGGUACUUCAGAAGAUGGUUUUCAUGAAAUCGACAAUUUUGAAGUGAUUUCAGUGCUCUCAAGCGAUCCCGGCACCGCUCCUCCUUUGACACCUGUUUCGGCCCUUGUCUCUCCGACCUCAGAAGCGUCGAAUAUUGACGAUGAAGAAAGAAGAAUUCGCGUCGUAGAGGAUACAAUGGCCAGGUUGAAUGGUGUCAUCGAAGCGGCCACGAAUAGGCUAUCAGCCUUGGAAGAGCACUUGGCGCGCAAUGUACGAGAUUUGCAGGAUUAA